CAGAGCGACGGGGCCUGCAGGCCGACCGGCCGAGGAGAGAGGCCGCUGAGGAGAGGCCGGCGGAGGUCCCGGUUCCUGUCCGACCCCGGCUCUCUGGGGCUCCCGGUGGAUCCGGGCCCAGUCCGUCUCUACCGGCGUCACCGGCCCAGCCACCGCCAUGCUCCCGGCUCGGCAGGGGGCUGGGGCUGGAGAUCCCCUGCUGCGCCAGAAAGAGCAAAAGGAUGAGGAGCUGGACCGGAGGAUCCUGGCCCUCCGCAGGAAGAACCAGGCCCUGCUGCGCAGGUACCAGGAGAUCGAAGACGACCGGCAGCGGGCGGAGCGGGGAGGCAUGGCUGUGACGGCCCCUCGGACAGCCCGGAUGGACGGUCUCACCAUCACCAUCACCAAAGGACCCCGCGAGAAGCGAGUGGUGCGUGAAAAAUGGGUAAGCAGCUGCCCCAGCAGCCCGGGCCCGGAAGUGGACAGCGAGGAGGAGGAGGAGGAGGAAGAGGAAGAGGAGGGCGAUGAGGAGGAGGAGGAUGGAGAGGAGGAAGAUCACACCUUCACCCUCCAGCUGGGGAGGCGGGUCCAGUUAGCGGUCACAAUGGACAACAAAGCCACGGGCAAGAGGGUGGUGAGUGCGAAGCCGCGGAGGGCCAGGAGCUGCAGCCGGGGUCGCCCCCUGCAGCUCGCCAUCACUAUGGAGCCUGAGCAGAAGGCGAUGGGGCCGGGGUCCCGGGAAGAGGGGCAGGAGUAUGCCCGCUGGAAGCAAGAACGGGAGCAGAUCGACUUGGCCCGCGUGGCGCGGCACCGCAACGCCCAGGGGGAGUGGCGCCGACCUUGGGACCUGGACAAGUCCGAGGAGAUGUUCCAGGGAUCCAACGAGACCAGGGAAGCAGGCCCGCGGAAGGGGGGCAGCAGGAAGGGACCCCGGAGCUGCCGUCCAUUCCGGCCCCAACCAGAACCUUCUGAUGGGAGAGGUGGCAGCACCCAAAGUGGACGCCCAGGACCCUCCAAAGCGAUGCCAGCCACCAGGAAGAGCAAAGCCCGAGGAAAAGACAGGCUGACCGGCCGGGCCCGCAGGUGGGAUGUGAAAGAGGGAGACGAUGAUCAGACCCACCCCAAGGAGGAGCUGGAGUGCCAGGGACCUCCAAGUGGCAGGAAACCCCCGAGCCAGGAGGAGGAGGAAGAGGAGGUGUGGACGCAGGGCAAGGCAGAGCGUGGCGAGCUGCAGGGAGCCCAUAAGGGGCAUCGCUGGGAAGCAGGGGGCAUCCUCCGCUCAGGUGCCCACCUGCCUGGCUCCCCCCAGAAGAAGGCUGAAUCCCCCGUGAGGGACCCCAUCUCUUCACAAGGGACUAGUAACCCCUUAAGUAGGAGCAGCGGGUCCACCUCACAGCCUGGCACCAAGGAGAUGGCUCCCUCCCCUUAUCCCAGUGACCUAGAAGGGGGCAGAAAGCUCAAUAGCAACGUGGCCGAGCAGUGCCCCUGUGCCAGCCCGGUGCAGUCCCAGAAGGUGGCGGGAUGCAGGGAUCCAAGGGAGGAUGGCGUGGCCCAGGCCGGUGCCAGGGGGCAGCCUGGCACGGAUGAGCGGCUUCUGCAGAACUGGCCAGAGGGAAGAAGCGGGGUGCGGGACUGAGAAAGAGGAAGGUGAGUAGGGCUGGUGCUGGGCCCAGAGGCCAGGGAAGGGAAGAGGGGAGUGCCAUUGCCUGACUCUGGUCCCGGUGCCAGGCUGGCAAGUGGUUGAGAAACUCCCUUGGCAACGAGUCAUUCGUUCUCUGGGGAUGUGGGGGCCUGCUUUCCUGGGAACUUGUAUGUGUAGGCCUCUCAGCUGCUGCCAUGCCUGCUAUCCUCGGGGCAUCCCCGGCCUGGCCUCGCCUAGGCCGGGAGCUUUUCCCUCGGGGACAUAGAGGUGGGAGCAGCCCAAUUUGUCUAAGGCCAAAUAUGCCAGUUAUGCCCACUUGCCCACCAUCCUGUGGGGUCCCGGAACAUUUCUUUUGAUCUCUUUGCCAAUGUGUAGUGGGCUUAUAUCUGGACGCCACCUCCCCACUCCCCGCUUCUACUACCCAGGGUCGCUCAGACUACAGUCCCCUCUUAGUGCUCUGUUGACUGGGAAGGGAGGCGUUGGGGAUUCGGAAGACCCUGCCACUAAGGUUGUAACCCAAGGGACAGUUGACUAGCAGGGAGCGGUGCCCAGGGGGAGGGGCAGGAGUGCAGAAGAUUGGCAGAACAAUUGGAUUUGAAUGGGCAUCUCAGCUGCAGGCCUGGGUUGACCAGAUGGUUUCUGCUUCUGCCUUUCAGAGAGAAGAGGGCAAAGGAGGUGGGCAUUUCUCUGGGCACCCCCCCGUGAGGGUAUUUCCCUUCAGUAUUUGGUUCCAUCCUUCACUCCCUCAAGUCCUCUUCCCCCUUAUUCGUCACCCAUUCCUUCACACCCCUUUUCCUUCCUGGCCGCUGUCCUCAGUCUCUGACUCUGCUCCAGGGUGCCAGGCCUUUAAGGGUCCAUUCCAGGGCAGACCCUCCUCCUCUUGGAUGUUGCUCCACUGCUUGCCAUGGGGACUUAGACCCCCAGGGGAAAUUGUCUCUCUGCUUCCCUGCUUCCUCUGGUCAGGUUGUCUGUCUGUCGGUCAGCCGGCCCCAACUUCCGAACUUAUGCCUGGCGGGCGGGGGAGGGAAUAGUCUGGGUUGGGUGGGAUGAGGUCCUGCUAGGGGUCGGGGAGGGGAAGGAAGUUUCAAGGCACAGGGUCAUGUGGGGUAGAGGGGAGAGGAAGAAAGUAGGGGAGGAGGAGGAGAAGGAGGAGGAGAAUGGCUACUCAUGAGGUAGGCAUGAGGUGGGCAGGGCAUGAGGUGGGCAGGGCAGAGGCCACCUGGCAAUAGUGGGAUGGGAGGACCAUGGGGGGUUUCUGCAGUGAGAGCGGGGAACUCGAAGAGAAACUCCCAGGACAAGAGUCAUCCUGGGAUAGGGGUGCUGGGAUCCCAGAUUCCCACAAGGAGGGCUCCGAGGGUGAAGGGCCCAGAACUUACCCAUCACUGAAAGGAGAGUUGGGGGAGAAUCCUGAAGGGGGCCAAGUGGAACUGUGGGCUAGACCCUCCUCGCCUCCCCUCCCCCUCAUGCCCCUACCAGCUUGGGAGGGCUCUGUGUGGGCAGAAGGGCAGAAACAGCUGUGGGGAGACAGCCACUCUUUCCCUGCGGGCAGCAAGCCAUGGGUCUGCUUGGCCUGGGGAUUGGCAGGAUUGGCAUUGUUCUCCAGAAGGGGCCUGAAGAGGCUUUGUCCAGGGGCGGAGCAGAAGGCAUCUUGGUUAGAGAAAUACUGUACCGUGAAACCAAAAUAAAUUUCCUGUGGUUUCCUGA